AUGGUCUGCAUCAGCAUUCCUGGUGCUCCUGCACCUCUUCCAUUAGAGGUCGGCCUGUUGCUCCUGGUUAAUAAGGAUCCUAAAGUUCCUCAGGUCAUUGAGCUGCUGGACUGGCAGGACCAGCCUUGUUUGUGGCAAAAGAAGACGAGGAACAUGGUCUGCAUCAACAUUCCUGGUGAUCCUGCACCUCUUCCAUUAGAGGUCGGCCUGUUACUCCUGGUUAAUAAGGAUCCUAAAGUUCCUCAGGUCAUUGAGCUGCUGGACUGGCAGGACCAGCCUGACCAAUACAUCAUGGUCCUGGAAUGUCCCCCACCUUGUGAGGAUUUGUUUGAUUAUGUUGAGCGUUGUGCUGGUACCCUCAAUGAGGAUGUAGCGCGGCUGGUCAUGUGGCAGGCAACGUACUCCGCAUACAUGUGCUGUGGAGUGUUUCACCGUGACAUCAAGCUGGACAACCUCUUGAUCAAUCCCAAAACCCUUGAAGUCAAGCUGAUCGACUUCGGAUGUGGGGAUCUGAUGAGGGGAAACUGGCUAGGACAUCUUCUGGAGUAUGUAUUAUUAAUAAAAUGUGUAGUUUAA